UUAAUUUAAUUUGAAUAUGUAUGGACAUAAUAAUACUUUUCCACAAUAUGGAAAUGAAGCUGCUCAAUAUCCUGGAGCAUUCACUGAUCAAUCAUGGCAACAUAUGCACAAUUAUGAUCAAAUGAAAAAUCAAUUGAAUCAAACUCUUGUUGAAGCAUGGAAUUUACGUCAACAAAACACUGAAUUUAUCAACAAUUUCAUCAAUGACAAUUGUCAAAAUUCAUUGACUAUUGAAAAGAAAAAUAAUACUAAAAAACGACUAGGAAUUGCUGAUACAAAAGCUCUAAUAAUUACAAUUAAAAAAUUAAAUUUACAACUCAAUGAUAAUACUGAAAAACUAAAAUUAAAUAAUUCAACAGAUGAAGAAUGGCUUAAUGAUUUUAAUAAUUGUCAACAGUUGAAAAAUAAUAUUGAGCUGCUGUUAAAUAAACUAACAGAUAAUGAAAAAAUAUGUAGUUUUAAAAAAUUAUUAGAACAACGAAAAAAUAAAAGAAUAAGAGAAAAAAAAUUACGUGAAAAAUUAAAGAAAAAAAAGGAUAUUAAUAAUGAAAUAAAAUUAAGAUUAAAUGAGAAAGCUGAUAAUUGGAUACGUGAAAAACAAGAUGAAAUAAAUCGUGAAAAACAAAAUGAAUUAUUAAAAAAAGAAGCUGAUAUUGUUUUAUCAGAAGUUAGAGGUAAACGUGGUGAUGCAAAAAAAUAUCUUGGAAUAUUACGUGAACUUAAAAAUUUAAGAAAAGUCAUGGUUGCAAAUGCACGUGCAAGAGGAGAAAAACAAUCAGCUGCUGCUGAUCAAACAUUUGAAAAUAUUAUUGAACAAUUGAGUAAACACUGGACACAACUAGAACGUGAAUAUUCAAUUGAAGAACAAGGAUUAAAGCUGAUGCUUCAAACUGAUAACGAAAAAAUAAUAGCAAAGCAAAAAAAAAAUACUUUUGAUGAUUGGGAAAUAGCAUUGUUUGGUAAACCCUUACCAUUACCAGAAAAUGUUGAAAAAAAUUUAAAUAAUAUUUUCAUGACAAGAUGUGCAUGGGACAAAUUCAUCUACAACGAUAAUGAUUCAUCACGAAUUCCACUUGGCUGGAUAAUGCCAGAUCCACCGACAUCAGCAGCUUGGCAAAAAUGUCUUAAAAAAAAUUAAAAUUUUCUCAUUCAACUUAUUAACAAGCUAAUAAUUUUAAUUAACAUUAAUAUUGAUAAAUAAUUUUUAUAAUUUAAUAAACAAUUUAUAAAUUUAAA